CUCUCUCUCUCUCUCUCUCUCACACCAACCACGAAACUCUUCUCUGAUCUCUCCUUCACCAUGGAUCCUCUUCAGCCGGAUAACGACCACCUCCCGUCUCCGCCGUUAAUCUCCGACCGAGUUCUAAUAAACGGCGUCGUCACGCCUUUAACUCUAACCGCCGAGGGAGAGCUUCAAUGGACGACGGAACCCGGCCGCGGGAAAUCGACGACGGAGAAAGAGAUCCUGAGCUUCGCGGUGGAAGGCAACAAGGUCAGAGUGAAGACCUUGGUGGAGAGAACGGGAUCAUCAAUCUGCUGCGGAGGAAGCGGUGGAGAUUACGCGAGGAAGGACUUCGUGUUCGAGCCUCUCUACGAUGAAUCUAGAAACCUCUGGUGCGAUAAGCUUCGUCAACACCUUCACUCUCUCGGUCGGCCUAAGAGGCUGCUUGUGUUUGUGAACCCUUUUGGUGGGAAGAAGACGGCUAGGAAGAUAUUUUUGGAGGAAGUGAAGCCGUUGUUUGAUGAUGCUGAUGUUCAACUUGAUGUUCAAGAAACUAAGUAUCAGUUGCAUGCAAAGGAGAUGGUUAGGUCCAUGGAUGUAUCGAGAUACGACGGUAUUGUUUGCGUUAGUGGCGACGGUGUCCUUGUUGAGGUUGUGAAUGGACUGCUCGAAAGAGAAGACUGGAGAACUGCCUUGAAACUACCUAUUGGAAUGGUCCCUGCAGGAAGUGGUAAUGGCAUGAUAAAAUCAUUGCUGGACCCGGUUGGGAUGUCUUGUAGUGCAGCAAGUGCUACUGUUUCCAUUAUACGAGGUCAUAGACGUUCUUUAGAUGUGGCAACUAUCGCACAAGGGACUACCAAAUUCUUCAGCGUCUUGAUGCUUGCUUGGGGAUUAGUGGCUGAUAUAGACAUCGAGUCAGAAAAGUUCAGAUGGAUGGGCAGUGCUCGCUUUGAUGUCUAUGGUCUCCAGAGGAUAAUAUGCUUGAGACAGUACAAUGGACGAAUUCUAUUUGUGCCGGCUCCUGGGUUUGAAAGCUGUGGACAACCAGCCAGUUACCAUCUAGACAAGGAGUCGUCUGUUGGUGAUAAGACACGAGGAUACCAAGGACCUGAUACUAAUCUUGAAGAUCUGGAAUGGAGAGAAAUCAAAGGCCCUUUUGUUUCAGUCUGGCUUCACAAUGUUCCCUGGGGUGCUGAGAACACUUUGGCUGCUCCCAACGCUAAGUUUUCUGAUGGCUUUCUGGAUUUGAUUGUGAUGAAAGACUGCCCCAAGCUCGCCUUGUUAUCACUUAUGACAAAGUUGAGUGAUGGGACACAUGUUCAAUCACCUUAUGUAUCGUACCUAAAGGUUAAGGCAUUCGUGCUGGAGCCGGGUGCACGGAUAGACGAAGAAGACAAGGAAGGAAUCAUAGAUUCAGACGGAGAGGUAUUGGCAAGGGGAAGAAAAUCAUAUAAAUGUGAUGAAAAGGCACUGAUGUCUUAUAGCAAGCUUCAAAUAACAGUUGAUCAAGGAUUAGCCACUCUCUUCUCUCCUGAAUAGUUUCUGAUUGAGAAAGUGUAUUAUUACAUGAGAUGGAUGACACAUCACGAAUGUUGUUCCGCUGUGGCGAUAAUUUGAUUGAUGGGACACGUACAGCAACUAAGAAGCAAAGAGAGGACGUUUGUGUCUAUUAAAAUCAGUCCUAUGACCAACGGAGUUUUCUUUCUCUGCUUUGUAUCUCUGAGGUGUAAACAUCGUGUGUUUUUGUAUUUGCAGUGUAGGGACAAAAUAUUGAUAGUAUAAGACGGACAAAUAUCAAGUCAUAAGUUAUCGACUGUUGAAAGUAUAAAGACAAAUAUCAAGUAUACUUGGCGUA